GAAUACACAAUCCAGCUGGAAACACGAGAUCAAACUGAAACGGCUGGGAAAAAGAACCGUUAUGUUGAGACCCCGACCAGUGGGAACGAACUGUUUAACCUAAUCAUGGUUAAGAGAGAGAUCAAAAGGUUUUGUGGUCGUUUCAACCAAUGGUAACGAUCCAGUUCACCAUAAAAAUACUGUGGUCGUGAGAAAUUCACCUGUUAUGAUUCCACAGCAGUUACCGUUAAACUAAGCAAAGGUGUUUGUAUGUUGUAAAUACGGAAUGUGCUUGUGCUUUGAAAAGGAUGUUGAGCUUAAUUACGGUGUUUGAGCUCGAACAAACACCGUACCGAGGAAAUUCGAACUCUUGAAUGAGCUGUGGAGGAGAAGACUCCACUACAAAUACCUUCCGGUUCUUGUUGUGUAUGAGGCGACUCUGGUGUUCUGUGCAUUGGAGUCAGUCAACAACCAGUAGCAGCAGCAGCUUUCUGGGCAGCUCUCUGACCCUUACAUUAGUUUGCGUUUGCCCUGCUGGUCCUGGGCAGAGAAUGAAGCCCUAAUCUGAGAAAGCUUGUCUGGCUCCGUCUUCUUGUUGGCCCUGAGCAGCUAUUCGGAUCCAGCUGUUCUUCAGUGGGAGAAUCCCUGUCUUCUCUCCGGCCUGCCACCUCCCGUUGCCAUGACAUCCAUGGCCCAGCUGCUGGCCUUUAAGAUGGCCCCACCCUCGCAGGAUGCGAGCAUGGAUCGUCCAAUAAGCUGCGACGAGGAGAUCGAGCGGCACUAUGAAGUGGUCCCUUCUGUCGUGUGUUCCAUGUGCUGCCUGUUUGGCAUCAUAUACUGUUUCUUUGGAUACCGCUGCUUCAAGGCCGUCAUGUUCCUCACUGGCCUGAUGUUCGGCUCGGUCAUCAUCUUCCUGCUGUGCUACAAGGAGCGCGUGCUGGACACGCAGCUGAGCGUGGAGGCCAGCGUGGGCAUCGGCCUGGGCAUCGGCACACUGUGCGGCCUGGUCACCAUGCUGGUUCGCAGCGUGGGCCUCUUCAUGGUGGGCCUGCUCCUGGGCCUGCUAGCCGCCCUGGCGUCGCUGGUGGUGCUGGAGGAGUUCUACCACCCGCGCACAGUGUGGCUGCCGCUGGGCGUGUUGCUGGGCUCGGGCAUGUUGUUCGCCGUGCUGGCGCUCCAGUGGCAACGAUGCUUCACCACACUCUCCACCGCUGUCUUCGGCUCCGCCGUGGUCACCGUCACCGUGGACUACUUCGUGGAGCUGUUUGCGCUCACGCGCUACAUCUACGAGCGCGUGAAGGUGGCACCAGCCCGGCCCGUGUGCUGGUACACGUGGGUGGUGAUGGGCGUAUGGCCCGUGCUCGCUGUGCUGGGCGUCCUGAUCCAAUGGAAGGUCACAGCCGAGGGCUACUCACACACGGAAGUCUUCAUCAGUCACCAGCGGAGGCGGGUGCAGCUGAUGAAGAUUCGCCAGAAGGAGGAGAGGAGGGAGACCAGGAAGAGGGCGACGCGGAAGAAGCAGCCGCAGCCCAGUGCCGAGCAGCGGCAGCAGCAACAGCAUAAGCAGCAGCCCAAGUACCACCACCCCCCACAGGCUGGCACCCACCCAGCUGCCGCUGGCCCGGCUAAGCUCCAGCACCCAGAACCCACCUACCGCAGGAAGCCCAACCCCAUACGCCGCUACAAUGGAGACGUGCUUUCCCCGAGCUAUAUUCAGCAUUUCCGGGACAGACAUGUGGAUAGGCGGGGCUACUCUCACGGUAGACUGAUUGGUGGCUCUCACAUGGUGGACAUGGACUAUGAUUGUGGCUCUCAGGUGCCCCUGACGGCCCAUACUGGCCCUGCAGGGCGAGUGUGACCCCACCCAGCACUGCCCAUGGGCCCAGUUUCCCAAUAGUUACUUUUGUUGUUCAGAGGCCAAGAGGAAUUGCUUUUAUCCUGAAGACCCACGUGCUACGGCACUUCCCUGCUGUGUAAUAGGAGGCCAGUCGAGGCAAGUUGUUUUUGCAAAUGACCUUUUAAAGCACAGCUACAGAUGGUGGUAGUUUCUCCUCCUCCGGUGAAUUUCACAUGCGGCAGCUGAGCGCCAGUGUGUGGGCACGGUAUGUGUGUCUGGCCCUCUGAGGCUCCCUGGCCCAUUAUUAGCCUGGACGCAAGCAGAGAUGUCUCAGUGCUAUCGCAGCCAUUUUAAAGAAGGGGCGUUUUUCAGACUGAGCGCAGGACCAAGCAUCACACGACCCUGCAACCUUCCCGUCUCCGUUCAGAAUGCAAGUUCACUUCUGUGACACCAACACAUGGAUUUACAGCUGCACUCAAUUAAUGAAAGUUUGAUGUUUACAGCACAGACAGGGCCAUGUGUACUUUUUUACCAUAUCAGAAAGCAGGGCGCCUUGUUUGUCAAGACUGAUGGCCAGAUUCUGUGAACACUUCUAAGUGAAGUCUCCCUCUGUUUACUGGAGAGCCAUUUUUGAAUCCUCUCCUGCCAAGCAUGUACCUAUAGAUGUUGUGAGUCUGGUGAUGGUUUACCUUGGUCAGGCAACGUGUGAUGGCUGAACAAGGGCACCGUUGUUCAGUGACAUUCAGUGAAACUCCUGUAGAUGUUUUGUGGUGGUUUUACGACGAUAUGGCUGAACCAGUUCCUUCUAAUGUCCCAUAGGCACAAGGUAAAGCCUUAGAAGAUUGCUGCAGUGUCUCACAUUAGAACCACAGGGGACAAGGCUGCAUAGGAACUCAAUCAUGCAAGCAGAAGUGAACAGUAAGGAACUUUUGUACAGCUUAAAAAGUCCUUGUCUACUGUGAGGGUUCUGAAAGGUCCUGAUGGAAGAUGUCUUAGGCUACGUUCACACACACAGGUAAAAGUGGACCAAAUCCAAUUUUCUGUAAGCCAAAUCUAAUUUUUUGUAGAGCUGUUCAUAAUAUCUUUUUAAUGUGACCUAUAUCUUACAUUCGCCUGAACAGUUCACACUCCUAAACUGAUCCACAUGUGCAAAAGAACAAUGCCUCGUGUUCUUCAGUGCUUCUAGGUUUCAGUAAUAGUCAAAGGCUCAUGUUAAUCUGCAUUUCAGACUGACUGACAACUUGUAAACAAAUCAUUAUGAAAACAUGGAGUGAUUGUGGCAAGUUUUUUGUUUGUUUGUUUGUUUGUUUGUCCAAUCAUUGAAACACUCCCUCAUUUUUGUCAUCAGUCUUUCCUUCCCUUCACCACAAAUUUAUAAUGAAAGGUGAGUUGGACUGAUGUAAAAAUGACAUUAUUUCUUUUACCUGCUGUGUGAAUGUAGCAGAGUGAAAAAGUGGAGUUUUGCAACGGUGGGCCAGCGACAUUAAACAGGGACUGCGUACGUGUGAGCAUAUGUCCGACAGUGUGCGUUUGUGGGCCUGUGUGGGUGGGGUAAGGGUUGACGUGUGUGUGUUUGGAUAUGAGGGAUAAGGAGGUCAAACUACACAUUUUUUUGGAUAGAUUUACUGCCUGUUUACACACGGUCUACCCCCGUUUCACAGUGGCAGAUGAGUAAGAUGUCUUCAGUCUGAUCUCUGCAUUAAGAUGAGCUGAAAGGCUGGUCCCCCUCUGUUUGCUAUGUCUUUCACCAUGCCAGCGUCUGUCAGGAGGUGUCUUGUUCCUCCUGUGCCUUUUGUACAUUUAGCUUUAGAAUGCUGUACAUAUUCAUACAUGCUGUACUUAUUCCUACUAGUGUUUGUUGUCAUGGUUUGUUGUGCUUGUGGGUUUGUUUUAACCAAUUGUUGCUUAAUUACAGCUGAAUGCUGAUUUAAAUGUUAUCAUGUGUCUGUUGGGGUAUAAUUUAUUUCUAAUUUAUUUUAAAAGAUGAUACUUUUGUCUAAAGUCAAUUGAUGGGUGACUGAAGUUGGAUGAAAGGUAUCAACAGGAGAAGAUGAAUUUGAGCCAUUAUUAUUAUUAUUAUUAUUAUUAUUAUUAUUAUUAUUGCAUGUGUUUGUAAAAACCUGGGUAUGAUAAAAAGUGCAUCAAAAAACAUGGACUUUUUAUUGUGUGUGUGUGUGUUUGUGUGUGUGUGUGUGUGUGUGUGUGUGUGUGUGUGUGUGUGUGUGUAUGUGUGUGUAUUUCUAUUUUUCUAUUUUGGCUCAACUUGGACCUUUUCAGCAUGCACAGUGCAUGGAAACCUACUAUGUAAUGACUUGAGGGUAAAACCUAAAGGAGAAGAUAUGCUUAACUAGGGCUGAACUGCACAAAACUGUAUUCUUUACUGAAAUUAAACGUGCUUCCCCUUACAGUAUGCAGAGUCUAAUGUGAAAUCACAUUGAAGUAGUAUAACGUUCCUGCUUUUCUUUAUGGAAGAAUACUGGCAUGAGAUGUGACUAUAGAUGUUAUGUUUCAAAUCUACAUUAUAAACGUCCACUGACAGGUGGCCACCUCGGCUGAAGAGGCGGUAAUGGGCCUUUUUUAGGGUAAUUACACCCUCCCGGUUACUGUCCGAAGUACUACACCCUGUUGCUAAUUGUCCCCCCUCUCCAGAAGCCUAGACCAGGGACAAAAAAGAGCACUUGUUCUACCACAACAGAACCCACAGAAAGAUGUGCAUCUCUAGUCCAGUAAUGAGAGAGGGAGACUGUGUGUGAGAAGGAGAGAGAUCAGGCGACAGGCAAGAGGCACCCAAGAAAAACCAUUAGCCAGGUGUGUAUGAGCAACUCUCGUACACCCCGGCAAGAAAAAAAAAGGUUUCCUGCAGAAAUGCUCCAGCUGGGGUUGCUUGGACACGCCAGCCCUAGCUGUUAUCUCGGCCACGCUUGUCGUGUGGUCAUUUGGCCUUGGUUGUGCGGCAGUAUGCUCUGAUCAGAUGGUGUGGCUGCAGGAAGCAUUCUGAAGACGUGCCUGAGCUCUCCCUCGGCCAGUGAGGCAGCACGUGUGUCUCUUGUGGAUAAGGAGAGGUGAUUAUGUGCAGCAGUAAGAAGGAAAGGUCACAGUGGGAGAAGAAAAGGACUCAUGGUGUCAUGGUGUCCUAUGCAUGCAUUCGGGCUCUGGCCUUAUGGGUAGACAGUUGGCUGGUGAAGUGGAGCAGAAGGGGCAGCUAACUGUGUGUGUGUGUGUGUGUGUGUGCGUGUGUGUGUGUGCGUGUGUGUGUGCAUGUGUGUGUAUGUUCUACAUAUAUAAUUCCACAUUUUAUAUACAUUGGGAGUAAAUUCGUUUUUAUGCGGAUUGGGAGAGUUAUUUAAUAAACCAUGAACAUAGACAUGCAUUUACAGACUCAUGUGGUAUUUGUGUGACAUUUUAUAAUUACUUGAUAACCUAUUUCACACUGUGAACUGCAUUUUAAUAUACCCUCUUAAAUACUGUGAGAGGCUUUUAUUUGUGGUGCAUCGUGAAGCACUGUGAAUAUUAAUCCGGGUGAGUCCAGUAAGCACAAAGGAAUGAUUUUUUUUUCUCUUAAAGUCCUGUGAUUUUAAGAAAAUCCUGAUAACCAUGUUACAGAUAUUUGUGUAUAGAGCCCCUCACAGAAUGGUUAGCAUCACAUCCUUUGAUAUUGUGUCAAGUAUUUUCCAUAAAGUGUUAAAGUUUGUCAUUUUUCAUUUUGCUGAUACAUUGACAGAUGCAUGAUUAUGUACUGGUCGUAUCAAGGACAUCCAGCAUGUCGCCUUGUUUGGCUUCAAGUUUCGCUUUUUUAAAAAUGCAAAAU